AUGCAAUUGGCCCUAGAUAAAACCUACCUUUUCUCACCAAAGACUCGCUCAAAACGUUGUGACACGCACCUUACCUUUCUCCUCGUUUCUCUCUUCCCCACUGAUAUUACCCUUUCCACACGCAACCUCAGAACAAACCCUUUUCUUCUUCCUCAAGCAAUCUUUGAAACAAGUCACAGUAUUUUCUUUUCACUCCAGGGUCUUAAAAUGUCUACUAUAUCCACGACCGAAACAAAUGAAUUCAAACCAGUCCACACCCUCGUUUCCACGCCGGUCACCAUAGUUUUGACCGGUGGUCUUCUCUUCAUCAUUCUCACCGGCUUCUUCUCCUUCUUCUACUGUGGAUCGUUUCUCCAAAAACUCUUAACCAGUUGGAACCUCCAUCGAAACCGUAACCGUCCCAGCAACCUAAUACAACCUUCAAGUCCACCUGAAAACACCGGACUCAACUCCAAGAUCAUCCAAUCUUUCCCUGAGUUUCCUUACUCGGUGAAAGAUCGUGGGAUGGACCAAUGUUCCAUUUGUUUAUUAGAAUUUAUGGAUGAUGAUACCAUGAGGCUCAUUUCAACUUGUAACCACGUCUUUCACACCAUCUGCAUUGAUCUUUGGUUUGAAUCACACAAGACCUGCCCGGUAUGCCGACGUGAACUUGAUGUAGACCAGACCUCGCUGGAAAAGCCACCCAAUGUUCCUGAAAUCGACCUGGUUAGAUCUGAAAACCAUGAGGAACCUUUGUCCCGAGACACAUUGACAAUCAUCGUCCAUGAGGAGCAUCCUACCAUUGGUAGUUUAGAUCAAACAGACGAAAUCGAAAGCUAUGAAAGACGAAUGAAGGAGUCGAAUUUGCGGUUCUGGAGGUCACAUUCUACUGGACAUUCUAUUGUUGUUAAGACCGAAAACGACCAAGAAGCAGAAGAACAAGAAAAAGAAGAGUUUAAGAUACAUAUUGAGAUAUCUGGAGAAUGUCAAUUUGAAGAUCACAAGAGGACAUUACCAAACAGGAAUAUGUAUUGCGUUAGGGGAACUUACUCAGUUGGAUAA